GGUGACGGGGACACUCGUGGUGGCCUUGGGGACGCUGCUGCUGCUGGGGGGACCCACCGAGCCUGUCCCCGUCCCCGAGCAGCCUUGGGGACAAGCCCUGGCCUCGCUGCUCCAGUUCCUCCACCACCUCCCAGGUGGCCCCCUGGGGACAAUGGUGUCCCCAGGGCCACCCCCUGACUCAGGGACGUUGGGGUCACCCCCUGGCUUGGACGGGCCACCCCGAGGACCCGAGAGACGUCCCCAGGGUCCAACCCGACGUCCCCAAGGUCCAGUCCGACGUCCCCACGGACCAGGGAUGUGGCUCCAAGGUCUGGGGACGUGGGCCCAGGGACCUGAGGGACGUCCCCAAGGACCAGGGACGUGGCCCCAAGGACUGGGGACACAUCCCCAAGGACCAGGGACAUGGCCCCAAGGACCAGCGGAACGUCCCCAAGGACCAGGGGGACGUCCCCAAGGACCAGGGACAUGGCCCCAAGGACCAGCAGAACGUCCCCAAGUGUACCAGGGGGACGUCCCCAAGGACCAGGGACAUGGCCCCAAGGACCAGCGGAACGUCCCCAAGGACCAGGGGGACGUCCCCAAGGACCAGGGACAUGGCCCCAAGGACCAGCGGAACGUCCCCAAGGACCAGGGGGACGUCCCCAGGGACCAGGGACCUGGCCCCAAGGACCAGCGGAACAUCCCCAAGGACCAGGGGGACGUCCCCAAGGACCAGGGACAUGGCCCCAAGGACUGGGGACACGUCCCCAAGGACCAGGGAGGUGGCCCCAUGGACCACCUCAACAUCCCCAAGGACCAGGGACAUGUCCCCAAGAGCCAGAGACACAUCCCCAUGGAGUUGGGACACAUCCCCAAGGACCAAAGACGUCACCCCAAGGACCGGGGACACGUCCACAAGGACCGGAGACGCGUCCCCAAGAGGUUGGGACACGUCCCCAGGGACCAGAGACACGUCCCCAAGGACCAUCCCAAUAUCCCCUGGGACAGGGGACGCGUCCCCAGGGACGUCCCCCGCACCAGGGGUGGCCGAGGAGCUCGCGUGAGAGCCAGAGUGGGGCAGCGUCACCCGGCUCCAACCUUGGGGACAUCGGGAGCCAGGAUGUGUCCAGGGACGUUGAGGACAGCGGGAGCCACGGUUGGGGACACUCGGAAGAAUCGUGGGAGGUGCCGUAACACCGGGGGACGUCCUGUCCUUGCGUGACUGUCACCGUGUCCCCAUGUCCCAAUCCCAUGUCCUCGUCCCCAUCCUGUCCCCACGUCCCAAUAUCCCUGUCCCCAUGUUUCCAUCCCCAUGUCC